AUGCGCACCUGCAACCCUGGCGCCAGGAGUUCUGCCAGGCCGAAGGAGGACCCAUGCCCGGAAACAGUUUCGCUGAAAUGCAGUCGACCAGGCCAUCCAGUUGUGGAUAGGAUAUUUCAUUUUGAAAGAGUGUUCAAGCCACAGGCAUCUCAAAGUACAGUAUUUGAAGAAGUGCGACCCCUUAUUACAUCCGUAUUAGAUGGCUACAAUGUUUGCAUUAUGGCAUAUGGACAAACUGGGAGUGGAAAAACCUACACGAUGAUGGGACCCCAUUCUGACAGUGAAAGUGAAAACCACACAGAACUUGGAAUUAUCCCAAGAGCAGCAGAAGAGCUAUUUAGACUCAUUUUGGAAAAGCCAGAAGGAAGCCAUUCUGUGGAAGUCUCCAUACUUGAAGUAUAUAAUAAUGAGAUUUACGAUCUUCUAGCAUAUGACGGUCAUGCAAAUCUAUGCUUAAAGCGCGAUAUUGUGACUGGUAAAGAUGGGAAGAGUGAUGUGGCUUCACUGACAUAUAAACAUGCUACAUACAUUGAAGAUGUUCUGGAUUUGGUGAAAAAAGGUUUACAGUUAAGAGUUAAACAUUCAACCCUAAUUCAUGCAAAUUCUUCUCGUUCCCAUUUAGUUGUCACCCUGACUGUGACAACCAGUGCUGCAUUUGACCCAUUUGACAGUGGAAAACAUAAAUCAGUCAAAACAAAACUGCAGUUGGUUGACUUAGCUGGAAGUGAAUGUGUAGGCCUGUCUGGUGUACAGGGAGCAGCCUUGAGAGAGGCUUCUUUUAUUAAUCGAAGCUUGUCUGCUCUGUCAGAUGUACUGGGAGCCCUAGCAGAGCAUCGCGCUCACAUUCCUUAUCGUAACAGCAAACUUACACACUUGCUACAGGAUUCUAUUGGUGGUGAUGCAAAGUUGCUUGUGAUGUUGUGUAUUUCUCCUUGUCAGACAUUCACAGCUGAAUCCCUGCAGACACUGGGAUUUGGAACGCGUGCUUGUCAAGUAUCUAGAGUUCCUUCCAAGAAGAAGCAAUAA